UGGAUAUGAGUCUUGUUUCUGCACAGACCAGCCGGUGGUAGAUGAAGGAAUCCGGCUGACACAUUGGUCUGGUCAGUGAGGAGGAAAUACUCGUGGAAAGCAGCCGCACAACAAUUAUCCAGAGAGAGCAACAGAGACAUUUACCUGCAAGUGACAACAGGAAGUUACCAUGAUGGCAGUCCUGGGCAGCGCCUGUCGCUUGAUCCAAUUUGCCAGGAGCAGCGUCUCUCUGAGUGUAAGGAGACGCUCCACUGCUGCUGCUUUAGCCCAGACUAUGACUCCAGAAACACAGGACAACAGGAAACCCAAGACGGGCAUCUUGAUGCUGAACAUGGGAGGACCUGAGAAGCUAGAAGACGUUCACGACUUCCUGCUGCGGCUCUUCAUGGACACAGACUUGAUGAAACUCCCAGUACAGAAUAGGCUCGGCCCGUUCAUCGCCAAGCGUCGCACGCCAAAGAUCCAGGAGCAGUACAGCAAGAUCGGAGGAGGCUCGCCCAUCAAACACUGGACCUCCAUGCAGGGAGAGGGAAUGGUGAAGCUGCUGGACGAGAUGUGUCCUGAGACAGCUCCUCACAAGUUCUACAUCGGCUUCCGGUACGUUCAGCCGCUGACGGAGGAAGCCAUCGAGGAGAUGGAGAAAGACGGCGUGGAGAGAGCUGUGGCCUUCACACAGUACCCUCAGUACAGCUGCUCCACCACAGGGAGCAGUCUGAACGCCAUCUACCGUUACUACAGGAACAGAGGCGACCGGCCAAAAAUGCGCUGGAGUGUCAUCGACCGUUGGCCCACACACCCUCUGCUGGUGGAGUGUUUUGCAGACCACGUCCGUAACGAGCUGCUGAAGUUCCCAGAAGAGAAGAGAGACGACGUUGUCAUUCUGUUCUCAGCACACUCACUCCCUAUGGCUGUUGUAAACAGAGGGGACCCAUAUCCUCAGGAAGUGGGAGCCACAGUUCAGAGAGUCAUGGAGAGACUGGGACACUGUAACCCUUACAGACUAGUGUGGCAGUCCAGGGUGGGGCCCAUGCAGUGGCUCGGCCCCCAGACGGACGACGUGAUUAAAGGUCUGUGUGAGCGAGGGAAGAAGAACAUCCUGCUGGUGCCCAUCGCCUUCACCUCCGACCACAUAGAGACUUUACACGAGCUAGACAUCGAGUACGGCCAGGUGCUGGGGGAGGAGUGUGGAGUGGAGAACAUCAAGAGAGCAGAGUCGUUGAAUGGGAACCCUCUCUUUAUGCAGGCUCUGGCAGACCUGGUCCAGGUCCACCUGAAAUCCAACGAGUCCUGUUCCCGUCAGCUGACCCUCCGCUGCCCGCUGUGCACCAACCCCACCUGUGGAGAAACCAAGGCCUUCUUCGCCAAUCAGCCACUCUCAUAGAAGCACACACACUCUCACACACACACACACACACACAUACAUAAACACACCGUCUCUCCAGCAAGAGUGUCAGUUCCAUAGAAAACACAACAUGAAGAACUGGACAAAUGAUUUCUGCGAAUACAUUUUGACGUUUGUUUUAUUGGUACCUACACGUCGGACGGGAGGAGUUUAACCACAGCUAGUGCUUUACUUUAUGGGAAAAAUAUAAAUAAAUAUAUAUAUAUAAAAUAUCUUCUGGGCAGAAAAUCGAUCACAAAUUAGAAACAAUUAUAAUAUUAGAAUGUAAUAUAAUGAAUAUUACAAACAAAAUGUAUUUUUUGGUUUUGCGCUUUUCGUGGGAUUUGUAGAAAAUAAGAAAAAACAUCUUUUCAAUGGACCAGUCGACACCGAAAUUUGACAGAUUGAGAAUAUUGAAUAGAGAGGCUUCGUAGAGAGAGAGACGUCACUUACGCGACUUCUGGUUGUGUAGUCUUUCUAACUACGUUGUUUAUACUUCCAACAGUUUUACGACAAACAGCAAAAUGAUCUUUUAAAUUGACAAGCAUCAUAUGUGUGAAUAAUGGCGCAAUUCAAACGGGAUCAAAGAUUAUUUGUCUCUCGCCGUUGACUACCGUUCAUAUUUUUUCCGAAAUAAGGUCCCAUGAGGUCCACCGGAAGAUCAUAUCUGCCCUUAACACUCACCUCAGAUUACCUGAAUAUUUAAUUUAAUUUGGUAAAUACCUCCCAACCGGCACAGAUUAAAACAAACGCCCUAAAUAAGGAUUUGCGGAUACCAUUUGGCAAAAGUCCGUGCAGAUAUAAGAGCUGACACUCUGCAGAAACUGCUAACAUCACCUUAAAGCUACAGGGAAAAGCCUUACACUAUUUUUUUUUUUUUUUUUUAUUGCUGCUCUCUUGGUUACAUUCCAUUUGCUUAGCCCCUGCAAACCCCAACCAGAGACCCUGUUUCUCUUCUUGCUGGUGCUAAACGAGUAACAGUCGGCCACGACGACAACGACGACGCCACACAGAAGGGAUCUGGGCGGUUGGCUGUUUCUCUUCCCCCAGCCUUCUCACCUGUCCCUUCACGCCAUUGACCCGCCAGCCAGUAACACCCACCCAUCCUGCUGCAAUCCUUGCAAUGUGAUUGGAGGGGGUUGGUGCUUCUCAAAACACUGCUGCCUGAUAGGUGGAUACCACUGCGCUUAAGAGAGGGAAAAGUGCUACUUUAGGGAUUCAAGUUUACUUGAAGGUUUAAUUUAAAAAAAUGAGUAUCAGUUAUUGCAUUAAUCCCUCAUCUAUUCUAUGUUGGUGCUGUACAGAGCUAAUAAAUAACGAAUGUUGCGUAAUUUCUACAGUAAACCAGAGUGAAGCUCUAGUCUAUCAAAGGGGUAUUGUGAGAUGGUUUACAAGCUCUUAUUUUUUGCUUUUCGUAUGCUGAAAUAUUGACCGUUUUCGAGCCUCUCGGCCUCCGCUGAUAAUAAAUCCAAAAACUGAAAAAGGGAAAAUUGAGCUGUUCACCUCUCUACAUGUGUAGCCCACAAAAUAAGACUCAUGUAAUUCUUGAUUUUGACAGGGACCGGCUCAGUAAGUCAAUAUAAACAAGGCAGAUUAAAGAGAAGAAGGCAAAUCAUGUUGUUGCAGUGAAAUAAACUAGAUUAACAUAAUGAAGAGUCCAGCUUCCUACACUUCGAACACUACAGCAGUGGUUCCCAACCUGGGGUCGGGCGCCAGGAUUUGUCUGCUCUGAAGCUGUCAAAACUAGAUUUACACAGGUAUAACUGAAAUCAUAAUAACACAAUUGUUUCUUUAACGCAUUUACGCAACUUGCGCAUU